AUGGAUCCGGACGCAUUCACCUCCACCCUAUUCAAGUGGGACCCACGAACCGUCCUUUCCACUGCGCCGGGAACCCGAACCCCGCUUAUGGAGUACACGAUGGCUCCGCCGGUGCCCACGGUGGCGCAUCCGGUGAGAGCACCGAGUGAUCAGCUGCUGGGUGGGCUAGAGGAGCUUUUCCAUGCUUACGGCGUCAGAUACUACACGGCGGCGAAGGUGGCGGAGCUUGGGUUCACGGUGAGCACACUGGUGGACAUGAAGGACGACGAGCUGGACGACAUGAUGAACAGCCUAUCCCAGAUUUUUCGUUGGGAUCUCCCCGUUGGGGAGCGAUACGGCAUCAAAGCUGCCGUUAGAGCCGAACGAAGACGCAUUGAAGGCCACGACAUGAAGCGGCGCAACCUUCUCUCCGCCGACACCACCACCGCCAACACACUUGAUGCUCUCUCUCAAGAAGGCUGGAUAUUAGUGCAUGGUAAUGGGCCAAAUGAGUACCAAUCAACCCAAAGUUUGAAAGCAAGAUCAACUUUUUGA